CACACCAAGAAGCCACCGUGGUGAGUUUGCGUGUGUGUGACUUCGUCAUAUGACAUUUUUCACAGUUCGUCGUCGAUUUUGAUUCCGUCGCACUUGCUUUUUUCGACUUGCUCAGUAUACACCACGGCGAGGAAUUAGAGAACUUGGGAAAUUAUGGCCAGCCAGACGCAGGGAAUCCAGCAGUUGCUCGCUGCCGAAAAAAAGGCAGCCGAGAAGGUCGCCGAGGCCCGUAAACGCAAGGCAAGGAGGUUGAAGCAGGCCAAGGACGAGGCUACCGAGGAGAUCGAGAAGUUCCGCCAGGAGCGCGAGCGCGCCUUCAAGGAGUUCGAGGCCAAGCACAUGGGCAGUCGCGAGGGCGUGGCGGCCAAGAUCGAUGCGGAUAUCCGCGUCAAGCUGGCCGACAUGGACCGGGCCAUCCAGACCCGCAAGGACCCCUUCAUCCAGGAGAUCCUGCAGUACGUGUACAACAUCUCGCCCGAGGUGCACAAAAACUACAACCACAAGUAGAGAGGUGGCCCCAACUGUGUGCUGUAAAUUCAAUGUCCACGUUCAACUCUAAUCCAUAAUUUAGACCCGUAAUAAUAGUGGCUAAUCUAACUGAAAACACUGCUGUAUUAUUAUUCCAUACAUUAAAGUGAAAAUUCGUUGUUGUUCCAUGUAAAAAGCGAGCAUGUUAGUUUGCCCCCCACUCGCGCGGGAUUGUAUUAUCUUUGUUUUGUGUUCUGCCCAAUACACGUUGUUGUUUUAUCCGAAAA